AUUAAGUGAAGCAGACGUGAAAUCGUGUGAGAAGAGCGAUCUGUCAUGAAGUAGAACAGCUGGGACAUUUAAAGGGACUGAGCUGCGUGCUUACGAUCACAGUAUUCUAAGGAAGAGCCUCUGGGAGGCAGGAGGGAGAGGUCAGGAUGGCUGGUGUUGGAGCAAGUGCUGCUAACCCUGCCUGUAAGAUCAUGACCUUCAGACCUACCAUGGAGGAGUUUAAGGAUUUUAACCAGUACCUGGUGUAUAUGGAGUCUCGGGGAGCUCAUCGUGCUGGCCUGGCCAAGGUAAUUCCGCCGAAGGGCUGGAUGCCACGUCGUAAUUAUGAUGAUAUUGAUGAUUUGGUCAUCCAAGCACCUAUUCAGCAGAUGGUGGCUGGCCAAUCGGGACUGUUCACCCAGUACAACAUCCAGAAGAAAGCGCUCACUGUGCAGGAAUUUCGCAGACUGGCCAACAGUGACAUGUACUGCACACCUCGCUACCUGAACUAUGAAGACCUGGAGAGGAAGUACUGGAAGAAUCUGACAUUCGUCUCACCCAUCUACGGUGCUGAUGUGAGCGGCACACUCUAUGAUGAGGAUAUUGAAGAGUGGAAUAUCGGGCACUUGAACUCAAUCUUGGACGUGAUAGAGGAGGACUGCGGUGUGUCCAUUCAGGGAGUGAACACGCCCUAUCUAUACUUUGGCAUGUGGAAGACCAGCUUCUCCUGGCACACAGAGGACAUGGACCUCUACAGCAUCAACUACCUGCACUUUGGCGAGCCCAAAUCCUGGUAUGCAAUCCCUCCAGAGCAUGGGAAGAGACUAGAGCGUCUCGCUACAGGUUUCUUUCCUAACAGCUUUAAAAGCUGCGAGGCGUUCCUGAGGCACAAGAUGACACUGAUAUCCCCCUCUGUACUAAAGAAAUACAGCAUACCAUUUGAUAAGAUAACACAGGAGGCGGGGGAGUUUAUGAUCACCUUUCCAUAUGGUUAUCACGCUGGCUUCAACCAUGGCUUCAACUGUGCAGAAUCCACCAAUUUUGCGAGUAUCAGGUGGAUCAAUUAUGGCAAAGUUGCUACACAGUGUACAUGCAGUAAGGACAUGGUGAAGAUCUCCAUGGAUCCGUUUGUGAGACGAUUCCAGCCAGACCGCUACCAAGUGUGGACACAAGGCAAAGACACAUGCCCAUUGGAUCACACCCUGGCCACGCCCAGCACCACUCCUGAGCUGCAGAACUGGCUUCAGAGACGUCGCAGGAAAACACCAACUACCAAAAGUCUCCACUACUCACGCACAUGCUCCAAACGACUGAAAACAGUGGACACCAUGUCAAUGCAAGGGGUUGGUCAUAGGAGCAGAAGGACAGCUUUAACAUCAAGAGACAUGGAAGAGGAAGUGAAACCCCAGAAAGAAAUACAUUACUCAAGCGAAAUAAAAGGGCUCACUGGUCCAUGUCGACAAAUGUGUGUGGUUAAGGUAACAAGAGUGGAAAGUGAUUUGUUGGCCCAAUCCACCGGAAAACUCAAAGAAUCUUCUCUUGUGCGACCCGCAACCCCUCCACUAACCUUCACAUCCAGCCAGAGUGACCCUUAUUCUGGUCACACCAACUCCCAAGCAUCUUUAAAUUUAGAACAAGGUCAGGUAUCCACAAACACAAGCUCCAUUGCACAGCUUUGGCCUGAACCAUCCUCAGAAAGAGCCAUCACUACGGAUGUGACUAUUGACUCACAAAAUACUUAUGAAUGUUCAAAUCAAAUAUUAAAACCAAACUGUGCAUCUGCUUCUGAAACAAGUGCACCUUCUAUUCCUGUGACUCAUUCACCGACACUUAACUCCAGUGGUGCUGCUUUUUUAUUAUUGGAAAGUGAUUCCCAACAAGCUAAAAUUGAAACCGAUGGGACUGCCACCGAAAUCUUGACUGAGAGCGGUAUCGAUACAUCAGCACUUUACAAAGAGCAAAGCUCAAUCUGUCUAGACUCUAAAGACUCUGAACACAAGUUAACCUCUGGAAUGCAACAGACUACUCAAUUUUCCGAAAUGCCUCUUCUGACGCCUGAGCUCACCGAAGAGGAGAGAGUAAAUCCUCAAUCUCUUGCAUCCGAAAUGCCUUCACUGACUCUCGCUGUCCGACUUUACAGUCAAAACACUAGCGUGGCACUGGAAAAAUCACACUCACCUGUAAAAACAGAUGACACAGGGACUUCUUCUGAAAGCACCUGUCCCAAUUGGCCAAUUACUGAACCCCUAGAAGGUGUCAGCCUACAGAACUCAAUCCCAGACACUUGUAUAGCAAUAUCUGCAUCUCCUUCAUUGGUCACACAAUGGGAACCACCAGAGAAGAAGUCCAGACAGGAAGGACAUGAACACACGCUCCUAUCCACAGAACAAAACGCUGUGGACACACACACUGCUCAAUUCAAAAUGACAACUAACAGACAUUUACAGCUCUCUACAGUAGCAGAGAUUGAUUUUAUGUAUGCUCACAACACUGCAGUGAUUGAUAACUCAUGUCCUCCCUUUGUUUUAUCAGAUAGAGAGAACAAACAAACUUCUCUAUGUCUUGAAGAGCAGUCCAGCUCUCUCACCUCGUCCCCAAGCCCUUUUGUGGAUGCUACAUCCUUUACUUCCACCAUUUGGAAAAACCUCAGCUCCCAGAAUCCAGCAGUGCUGAUUGAAAGCUUACAGCCUGAGCUGGUAGUUGGUCUUAACAAAGGUGAGAGCAAUCUCACAGACUAUGCCCAUGACACACUGCCCUACACCAUGUGGUCCAAUUCAAGCUGCCAACAGGACAAGUUUCCUGAUUCUCUAAACUCUUCGGCAUGCACCCAGGCAUGGGGCAACCUUGAACCCAGCUCCAUGCCGUGCUCAGAGUCAGAAAUGACACCAAAUCUACCCCCAGAUCUGAAGCGGCACAAGAUGGAAGCAGCUAAAGCUUGUGAGCUUGAUGAGCAGUCUAGUACUCAGCAACUUCACGAGGAUGAGAUCAAAGGUCAAGAGUAUUUUGAAGGUGCAAAGUCAGAAAUCGAGGGGUCAGUGAGCGACUCGGAUUCCUGUGAAUCUGGAGAUAAAGGCGCUGACAGCAGCAGUGAAUCCAGUGAGGAGAAUGCCAUGAGUGACCCUGAGUUUAUGGAAGGUGGUCUAGAACCAGGGGAAGUCUGCUCAUAUCACAUACAAACUGUUAAGAAGACAACCAAGAGUUGGCGUCACCCCGUAAGAAAGCCCACCGCAAGAGCAGUUCCCAGUGCAGUGAAACAGCAGGCUACCAGUGAUGAUGAGACAAUAGAGGAGAGCUUAGCUGAAGAAGAUGAGCCAGAGACUGAGGAAUGGGCAAAGCCUUUAGUGCAUCUGUGGCAGCACAGGAAAGCUCAUCUACAGUAUGAAAGAGAGUACAACACAACUGCAGCUAAAACCGCUCCACACUGUGCCGUCUGCACUCUCUUCAUGCCAUACUAUCAGCCUGACAAUUCAGAGGAGAAAAGGCAUGAAGUCUUAAUGAGUGCUGCUUCGGAGUCACAUGAAUCAUGUCUACGGGAGUUGGGCUUGAGAUCUCGACCCCUGAUUCCUGAAAUCUGCUUUGCAUACGAGGAGGGUCCAUGUCCCUUGAAUACACUUCUGGAGGAGGAUGGAUCCAGUCCACUUGUGACCUGCAACAACUGCUGUGUUCAAGUUCACGCCAGUUGCUACGGUGUUGCUGCUCAUGAUGUUGGCCCAGUGUGGACAUGUGACCGAUGUGUAAGCGGAGACUUGGCAGCUGAAUGCUGUUUGUGUAACCUGAGGGGAGGUGCAUUAAAAAGAACCACAGAUGACAGAUGGGCCCAUGUGAUGUGUGCUGUGGGUCUCCCUGAGGUGAAGUUCAUUGAUGUAGUGAAGAGGGCUCCUAUUGACAUCAGUGCCAUACCUGUACAGAGAUAUAAGCUGAAGUGUAUAUAUUGCCGUAACAGGAUAAAAAAGUUAUCUGGAGCUUGUAUUCAGUGCUCAUGUGGCCGUUGCCCCACCUCUUUCCAUGUCACCUGUGCUCACGCUGCUGGAGUGCCUAUGGAGCCUGAUGAUUGGCCAUAUGUGGUUUUUAUCACCUGUCACAGACACCAAUCACGGAGCUUCAGUGCUAAAGCGAAAGUGAGCAGAAGUGAGUUGGCAGUGGGCCAGACAGUGAUCUCCAAACACAAGAACCUCCGUUAUUAUAGCUCUCGUAUUACCCAGAUUACGGCGCAAACAUUCUACGAGGUCAUGUUCGAUGAUGGCUCGUUCAGCAACGAUACGUUCCCUGAAGACAUUGUGAGCAGAGAUUGUGCCCAGCUUGGGCCUCCUGAGAUGGGGGAAGCUGUCCAGGUGAAGUGGCCUGAUGGACUUUUUUAUGGAGCCAAGUACCUUGGCUCUAACACUUCAUUUAUGUACCAGGUUGAGUUUGAAGAUGGAUCUCAAGUGUUGGCAAAAAGGGAGGACAUUUACACACUGAAUGAAGAUCUGCCUAAAAAAGUGAAAGGUCGUUUGUCCACGGCUUCCAGUAUGCGUUUCGAGGAUGCAUUUUUCACCACACAAGGUGAAAGGAAAAGGCGACGUACACCAAAUUCACGGUUCCAGACAGAUUACAUCGGCCAUAUCAACCCUCGAACCUUCACCAGAGCCUCAGAAAUGCGCAACAGCAAAGCCAACUAAUGGAGAAAUGGAGUCCUGUUAGAAGUCCACCUAAAUACAAAAGGGACCAAUUUGAUAAGGAUUGUGUAUCGUGAGACCAUGAUUUUGAAAAGUUGCAGAAAUACUGUGGUCUCAUAUGUCAGGGACAAGAAUGAUUUUCUAAAUUAGAAGUAUUUCAUGAUUUAUUUCAGAGGUUUUUCUAGCCUCCAAUGGUAUUCUGUAGCAUUGUAAUCUCACAACCCCCACCCUCCACCUCCAAACACUGACUCAUUUCUCCUGCAUGCUUGUUUUGUAAAUGAUUUGUCCUGUGCCAGGCAACAUUCCUAUUCACUAACACUAAAACAGAAUAAACGUCAAAUAAAAAAAAGUUGCUACUGAUGUCCAGCAAAGCACGUCACCUUUUACUUAAAAUGUUCAUCAAAAUUCUUUAUUUAUUUGGGAUUUUUUUCUUUCUUUUCUAAAUGGUGCUUAAAGCUGUUGCAAAGAAUUAAAGAUAUGUAUGUAUUCUUUGUGAUCUGUGGCUUGAUCUCCGUUGAUGAAUGCUUCACAGUUUGUUCUUCAAUAGAUUCAGAAUUAUGAUUUGUAAGAACCAUUUUUAAUUAUUUAUUUGUUUCUUCUGGUUGCAGGUUUGCCAGUUUUUCUCAUUUUACACAGCAUAUAGAUAUUCAUCAAUACUAACGUUGGGUUACUCACGUAACUCCGGUUCUCUGAUAACAGGAGUGAGGUAUCUCAUUAUGGGAAUUCGCCCUUGCACUUCAUUGUGUUAUUGUUGAUUUGUGUUUGUGUGUGUGUGUGUGUGUGUAUAUAUAUAUAUAUACACACACAAACACAAAUAUAUCGAGGGUCGAGACAAGGCAAGGCAAAGGGGCAAGGCAGAAAUCAACACCAGUGCCCUGUCCGUGUGCAUGGGUUACCAGAGACUGGUUUCUUUCAAACCUCUACAAAGCACUUAUUGCAAAACCAGAGGCCAUUGUCUCAGAGGUUACAGACACUCUUUUUGUGCCAGUUUGCAAAGAGUAACCUCUAGACAGUUUUGAUUUGGAGAGGGGGAGGUAAGGUGGUUAAGUUGUUCUCUAUGCAAUGAGAAAUGUGACAAAGGUAAAAUAAAUAUACCUAUUGAUAUUUUAGGAUAUUUGUCUUUUAACAUGUGAAGGUAGUAAUACAAAUGAAUAAACAUUAAGUA